CGAGGCCUAUGUGACCAUCCUCUAAAAUCUUUAAGCUCGAGAAUCACCGAGCGGAAGCUGCAGGGCACGUGGCUGCCUGCUGGCCGAGGGAAUCUGGAGAAACCUCUCCUGGGGCCACGUGGCUCUGUUGUGCCUGUGUUCAGCCCCCAGAAUGGCCUGCACUCGGUCCAUGUUGAGAGUAGCACGCUGAAGCCCAGGGUGGUGACCGUGGUGAAGCUGGGUGGGCACCCGCUCCGGAAGAUCACCCUGCUCCUCAACAGACGGUCCGUGCAGAACUUUGAGCAGCUCUUGGCGGACAUCUCCGAAUCCUUGGGCUUUCCCAGAUGGAAGAACGAUCGCGUGAGAAAACUCUUUAACCUCAAGGGCAGGGAGAUCAGGAGUGUCUCUGACUUCUUCAGGGAAGGGGAUGCCUUCAUAGCCAUGGGCAAAGAACCGCUGACCCUGAAGAACAUUCAGGUAGCUAUAGAAGAACUGUACCCCAGCAAAGCCCGGGCCCUGACACUGACCCAGCACAGCCGAGCCCCUUCCCCAAGGCUGAGAAGCAGGCUUUAUAGCAAGGCUCUGAGAGGGGGUCACCCCUGCGGGGAGACCGAGGCUGCCAAGAGUUGCGGUGAGGCUGCCCGGUCCAAGGCUGCCAUGGGACAUCAGGGAAAGGCCCCGGUGGAGCCAGCUCUGGAGGACAGGGCGAGGCCCCAGAAGAAGUGGGGUGGGGGCAAGUGGGAGUCUGAGCUGGGUGGCAGGCCGCCCAGGGAAGCCACCCUGGAGAGACCUGCCAGUGGAGAGAAACACCUGGGCGUGGAGAUUGAAAGGACGUCGGGCGAAAUCAUCCGAUGUGAGAAGUGCAAGAGAGAAAGGGAGCUUCAGCAGGGCCCGCAGAGGGAGCGGCUGUCCCUGGGGACCAGCGAGCUGGACCUGGGGAGGUGCCACAGGUACGACGCAGCAGCGGCAGCAGCCGCCCCCGCCGCCGCCGGCGAGAAGCUGGGGAGGACCCGGAGCUGCAGGCGGUCCCCCGAGGCCAACCCUGCCGCCGGGGAGGGGGGGUGGCAGGGCGAGGGCCCCAGGAGCAGCCCCAGGAACCGCACUCAGGAGCUGCGGAGGCCCGCGAGAAACCCGGACCAGGAGGAGCAGGAGGAGCAGGAGGAGCAGGAGGAGCAGGAGGAGCAGGAGGAGCAGGAGGAGCAGGACAGAGACCCCCGGGGUCAGGAGGGUCGCGUUCCCGCGGCGGCCCCGGCCGAGAGGGAGCAGGGGGAAGCCCAGCCGCUCCGGGAGGAGGGGCUGCGAGGCGCCGGGAGGGAGGCCCCGAGCUCCUGCCGGAGCCGGCGGGGGGCGUGGCGGCCCCGGGAGCAGCCCCGCGGGGGCGAGCAGGGCGGGCGGGACGCGGAGCCGGGGCCUCGCGGCGCUCGGAGGCGGCGGCCCGCGGGCCUGGUGGCGGCAGACGUGCACCGGCACUACGAGGCGGGCCGCGUGCUGGGCGACGGCAACUUCGCGGUGGUCAAGGAGUGCCGGCACCGCCAGACGAGGCAGGCCUACGCCAUGAAGAUCAUCGACAAGGCCAGGCUCCGGGGCAAGGAGGACAUGGUGCACAGCGAGAUCCUGAUCAUCCAGAGCCUGUCCCACCCCAACAUCGUCCAGCUGCACGAGGUGUACGAGACCGAGGGCGAGGUCUACCUGAUCAUGGAGUACGUGCAGGGCGGGGACCUCUUCGACGCCAUCACCGAGAGCGUGAGGUUCGCCGAGCGCGACGCGGCGCUGCUGCUCCUGGACCUGUGCCGCGCGCUCGUGCACCUGCACGACAAGAGCAUCGUCCACCGGGACCUCAAGCCCGAGAACCUGCUGGUUCAGCGAAAUGAGGACAAAUCUACCACCUUGAAACUGGCUGAUUUUGGCCUUGCAAAGCAUGUGGUGAGACCUAUAUUUACUGUGUGUGGGACUCCAACUUAUGUAGCUCCUGAAAUUCUUUCUGAGAAAGGUUACGGGCUGGAAGUGGAUAUGUGGGCUGCAGGCGUGAUCCUGUAUAUCCUACUGUGUGGCUUCCCCCCCUUCCGCAGCCCAGAGAGGGACCAGGAUGAGCUCUUUAACAUCAUCCAGCUGGGCCACUUCGAAUUCCUGGCCCCUUACUGGGACAAUAUUUCUGACGCUGCCAAAGAUCUGGUGAGCCGGUUGCUGGUGGUGGACCCCAAGAAGCGCUACACCGCUCACCAGGUCCUCCAGCACCCCUGGAUUGAAACUGCAGGAAAGACAAGCAUGGUGAACCUACAAAAGGAGGUGCCCUCCAGCAAUGAGGGCCACGUCCGGAGCCAGCACAAGCGGCCUGCAGAGCAAGCCUUGUAGCCACCACCUCGGGUACCUAUGCAGCCCCCUUCUUCCCCGCAGAUGGUGAACAAGACAGAAAUCCAGGAGACAGACAAUGAGGAGGGCUUCGGCACAUAAUUGGAGAAUCGGGAAGGCGAGAGAUGCUUAGGAUAUUUUAAAGCAUAUUUUAAAAAAUAAACUUGAGUCUUAAUGUUAAAUGUUGUAACAUAUUUUUAGAUUUGUAUAUUUGAAGACUUUAAUACCUUUUUUGGGGGGCAGGGCAGUCAGUGAGGACUUUUUGGUAAUAAUGCUGGGUUUUGCUUCCUUCUCAUAAUCAAGUUCGUGGUGUACUACACGAGUGGUGCUUACCAGGAUCUAAACUCCCCCUGUGAGAUUAACAAAGUGAAUUGUGGUCUUUCUGUACUAAUAAAACAUGCUCUGAUGAACAGAA